GGCGGGGCCGCAGUUCCUUUCGGGCCUCGGCAGACGCGCAGCCGCCAGUCGAAGCCGCCGCGGAGCUGACGAGGCCAGGAAGCCGCCCGGACCGCCGAGAGCACCGCCGCCUCCGCCGCCUCCCUCUUCUCUUCGCCGCCUCCCUCUUCUCUUCGCCGCCUCGUCCUUGUCCCCCCUCGCCCGCCCGGCGCCAUGGCCUCUGGGGUCACCGUCUGUGACAAAGUCAUCCAGGUCUUCAAUGACAUGAAGGUGCGCAAACACGCCCCCCAGGAGGAGCAGAAGAAGCGCAAGAAGGCCGUCAUCUUCUGCCUGAGCGAGGACAAGAAGAAGAUCAUCCUGGAGGCGGGGAAGGAGAUCCUGGUGGGCGACCUGGGAGACACCGUCGACGACCCCUACCUGCACUUCGUCGCCUUGCUGCCCCCCAGCGACUGUCGCUACGCCCUCUACGACGCCACCUACGAAACCAAGGAGAGCAAAAAGGAAGACCUGGUCUUCCUCUUCUGGGCACCGGAGAGCGCUCCUCUAAAGAGCAAGAUGAUCUACGCCAGCUCCAAGGAUGCCCUCAAGAAGAAAUUUCCAGGCAUCAAGCACGAAUGGCAAGCAAACGGCCUAGAAGACAUCAAAGACCGCCAGAGUCUAGCAGAAAAACUGGGGGGCAACUGCGUCAUCAGCUUGGAGGGCAAGCCCGUGUGAGACCCCCCCCUCCUCCCCUUCCCAGGUCCCCUGUCGUGCCAGUGACUCUGGAGCUUCCAUGUUAAUGGCCCCGUGCUACUGUUGGGGGGGUUGGGGGGGUCCUUCCUUUUCUUGGUUCCAUUCCAGUUGUUUUUUUUCCCCCCCCCCCCUCCACCUUCUCAUCUUCCUGGCCUGGUGCUCUCCCCUCCUGUCUCAACAGCUGGCCUGCAGGCUGCUGUUCGAAUUUUGCCAAAUGCUACAGCUUCUUUUCUCCACUUUCUUUCUUUCUUUCUUUCUUUCUUUCUUUCUUUCUUUCUUUCUUUCUUUCUUUCUUUCUUUCUUUCUUUCUUUCUUUCUCUCUCUCUCCCCCCCUUUCCAAACCUUUGGGUUGAUAUUCCUAAGGGGGAGGGGGUGUCUCCAUUCCUCAGCAUCUCCCUUGGUUUUCUUGGCCCACUUCUCCUCCUCAAGGAUAACAAUGGCGGUAAGCAGCCGACGGUUGGGAUAAUGGGGACCCGAAUUUCCAGAAUUAGUCCAUUUUCCAGUGUGUACAAAAGAAAAAAGUUUUUUUUUAAAAAAUGGGUCUCUGUACAUGUGUGUGUUUUUUUUGUUUCGUUUUUUUUUUUUUUCGAGAGAAAGCGUGGAAUGGCAUCUGCGUCCCCAGCCCCCUUCCCCGUGAUGACUUCCUCCCCCUUCCUCUUCUUAACUGCCAUAGUAGCUCUGUGCUUUGUCUGUAGUACUGUGUACAAAUAAAAUAUUGUGGAAAAAAACAAAACAGUUGCACCCAUCUCUACGUUGGGGUGGAAUUAACCGUAUGGAAGCAGCACCACCAAGAACCUUCGGUAAUAAAAUAAAACAAAAAUGUUCUACCUUUA